UCAGGCAGCGCAGCGAGGGCUUCAAAGGGUGGUGGAGGCUGCACCAGGGCACGGCACGGAGGAGCUUUGGGUGCUGCCCACUGAGGAUGACCCCGGAGGAGGAAGGUUCCCGGGUAGGGCCCCCGGAGCGGGUGCGUAUCCGGGUGGAAGAGCAGUCGUUCUGGGUGGAGAAGACCUUGUUGGUGGAGAGUAGUGAGUACUUCCGAGCCCUCUUCCGCUCGGGCAUGAAGGAGAGCACACAGGAAGAGAUCGGGCUGGGGGAGCUGAGCGCCACCGGGUUCUUCACCAUGCUGCGGGUGCUGGCAGGGGAGAGGCCCAUCCUUGGCAGUGAGGAGACCUUACAGGCAGUUGAGUGUGCUGCCUUCCUGCAGGUGAAGUCCUUGGCCAAGUACCUGAUCCACUCCAUCAACUCUGACAACUGCAUCCUCCUCUACCAAGCCGCUGCCAUAUUUGGUCUCCUGGACCUCUUCCACUGCGCGGCGCUCUACAUCAGGGACAGCUACACUGAGCUGGAGGAGUACCUGGACUGCCUCUCUGAUGACCUGUUGGCCUAUGUGGAGACUCUGCUGCCCAGCACCUUUGUGGCAGUGGGAGCACACACACCCACCUUCGAGUUCCUAGAGGACCUCUCCAGGACCAUCUGCUACCUGGAUGAGGAGACCAACACAUGGAGGACCCUCUCCUGCCUGCCGCUGAGUGCCAGCACGUUCCUAGCCGGCAUGGCGACCAUGGAUAAUAAGAUCUACAUUGUGGGUGGUGUCUACGGGGCCAGCAAGCAGGUGGUGGAGAGCAGCUUCUGCUACGAUGCUGAUGCCAACUCCUGGAGUGAGUUCCCCAGCCCUCAUCAGCUGCGCUACGACGUCAGGCUGGUGGGCCAUGAGGGCUACCUCUAUGCUAUUGGUGGGGAGUACGAGAAGAUCUCCCUGAAGUCUGUGGAGAGGUAUGAUGUGUCCUCCAACACCUGGACGUUUGUCUCUGACCUGCCACAGCCAAGCACGGCGGCACCCUGCGCCCAAGCCCUGGGGCAGAUCUUCGUUUGCUUGUGGAAGCCGCUGGACACCACCAUCAUCUACGAGUAUGAGACCCAGCAAGACGUGUGGCUCCCUGUCACCGAGCUCAAGCGGCACCAGAGCUACGGGCACUGCAUGGUGUCCCACCGUGACAACCUCUACAUCAUGCGCAACGGCCCCUCAGAUGACUUCUUGCGUUGUGUCAUCGACUGCUUCAACCUGACGUCACGGCAGUGGACAGCCCUGCCUGGGCAGUUCCUCAACAGUAAAGGAGCCCUCUUCACUGCUGUCAUCAGGGGUGACACAGUCUACACUGUCAACAAGAUGCUGACGCUCCUCUACUCUGUGGAAGAGGACACCUGGAGGUCCAAGAAGGAGCGGGCAGGUUUCCCGCGCAGUGGCUCCCUGCAGACCUUCCUCCUGCGGCUGCCGAGGCGUGACCACAAUAUGGCAACGUAGGUGGCCCCCAUCCCACGUCAGGAUGCUCUCCUUGCACGUGGCCUCAGCUCUGCACCUACUGCCUUCCUGGCCUCCUCCACGGAGCCGUGUCACCUUGGAGGUGACACUAGACCCUGCCAGAGGGAAAGGGCUUGCAGGCAGCUGCUGCCUACCACUGCCUGCACUGCAUGGGCUGUGUGAAGUCCUACAAGACGUGGGCUCAUGAGCUAACCACACGCAGGGUUUGGUGCCUUCUGCAGAGGACAGAUACCAAAGAGAUAUAAACAUGGGUUAUAUUUAUUCUGAGCGCACUCUGAAGCUGUGCAGCAUCCCACCUCCUCUCUGCUCCAUGGGAAAUCGCUCAUUAUAUCCUGGAAUUAAAAGGAAAGCUCUAAAAACC